ACUGAAAGAAACUUUUCAGUGUUUUCAGAAUUUUCAUGUGCUCCCAACUGAUCAACUCGGACGAGAAUAGUGCGUGUCCGAAUGAACGAUUUUUAUGCGGAACACCGAAAUUUGGGUCUUAAUGAACAAAAUAAUAUUUAGAAAUACUUAUUGUUCGGUUCGGACUACACCAAGGCAUUGAAAGCAGCCAUCAUCAUGAAUUUGAUGUUCAGGAAGACAUUCGGGGAGCAGAAGGCGGGGGUGACGGCCAUAAAAGGGGGCAAAACGAGCGUUGGCCGGCACACGAGUAAGCGAAGCUGUCGAGACCAAGGCUACACUGCUAUGGAAGAACACCACUAUAGAACGCACUUGUUUUUUAGUCCACCACGAAGUAGUUUUGGUCCAGGAGACGCCGAUGGUUCACCUGACUCGACAGGUAAUGCCAAAAGAAUGUACAGAGCUAGAUUACACACAGAGCCGCGGUGCGGUCCUAUGACUGGGGCGGGGGGAGAGCCGCUGCCGAUGCAGUCGACCAUCUCUCCCGCAAUGACGGAGAACGACCUGCCUCAGCCUCUGGUGGUGAGGAGCCCCUCGGUCUCUAUGAUGAAGUGGCCCACGCAGUCCCCCACGAAAACGACACCGAACAGGCAGGUCAAUUUCAAUUACGGAAACGAUGGGCAUGCAUCAGAUACGGCCAGAACUCUUUCAGGAUUGGACAGGGACUGUUUCAUCAUUCCUGUGCACAGUCUCGACAGGUUUCUUCCUGCGGGCGUCCCUCUGCCAAAACCUGUAAAUAACAAUAAUAAUACAUUAGAUAAAAAAGGAAACCUACAUGUAAUGGAGGUACCUGAUCCAAAACUAUGUGUCUUAUGCCAUCUAAUGAGUCCACUGGAACCCGUAGAUCCCGUUUUAGAAUCUCCAUUAGUUCAACCAUUAUUUAAACAGAGGGCCAUUGCGGGAGAGUUAGUAACGGAAAUAUCUCAAGCAAAAACAGCGAUUACUGGAAUGCUACUUGCCAAUAUGGAGAGGAACGGAGAGUUUCCGUUUAUUACAUACUACGUAUUAAACACGUCACAAACGAAUCCUGUGAUGUUUUACAAUAAUUUGCGCACUGCCAGCUUAAGUAAAUUCGAUCCGAGAUCAACCAGGUAUACAGCUGCUCACACUCUGGACCUUUAUACAGAGGUAGCUUCAAUAUGCCGACCGCCCGUACACGAAAUUGGUAUGUCGCUAUCGAAGACGCAUACAUCAUCUACGGGUUAUAUGGUGUCCGUUUAUAAAGUUUUUGAAGGAGACGAUAGGGAAAAAUUCGAACGCAACUGGCUAUAUUGGACGGGUGCAAGAAUGAUCUAUAGGUACCUGCCACAAGCUGCCGGUUUACGAAGAAUUUCACUUCACAAGUCGUUGAGCCCGAAAGGAGACAAAAUGUACAUAUUGUUAGUUGAAUGUGCGAAUUUAUUAAGCGAUGUGACUGUUUGUGCUCUAAUUUUACCAGCACUGCGAGCGAGAUUGACUGGUUAUACAGGAAUUUUUAGACCUUUACAGACUUUUUAAAAAUGGGUCCAAAUGUAAUAAUUUUACAUAUCCUAUUUACUGAUUUGUUCAGUUUUUCCUAAUCUACUAAACAUUUAUGAUGUGAAAAAAAUUAUUUAAAAAAUAUUCGUUUUCCUCAUUGAACAAAAUAUUUAAAACGAAGCAAUGUAUGCAACAACUAUUGUUCAAGAAAAAUGGAACUAUUACUGUUUUAAUUAUGAAAUAAAACAAAAUACUCCUAGUAUUAAUGUCCAAGUAGAUUAGAUAAUAUUGAACAACUUUACUGUUAAGAAUUUAUUACAUUGUGAUUUUUAGAAUAAUUUUGCAGGCUUAGGUAUAAUUUUUGAUUCUUUAUUAUUUAUAAAAAAAAUCAUGUAUUUUUAGCGGAAUUUAAUUUAUUCCCUCGUCUCAAAUACAAGCAAUCUUAAUUAAUUAAUUAAUUAAAAACAUAUCAAUUAAAUGUAUAAACAUGACCAAGUACUAAUAUACCAAGAUGUUAUCCAGGUACUAUAAGUGCAUUUGUUAUAAAUCUCAUUUUAAUCAGAAAGUUGUGUUAAAAAUGUUUUAAAAUUGAGGUUUAAUUUGAGACAUAUUAUUCGACCAAAAAUAAAUCUGCAUUUCUAAGCUUCAAAUUCUAAAUUUCAAGCUAUUCAAACAGUAUUAGAUUAUCUUAAAAAUCUAGUAAAAAAAUCCCAAAUACUGCUUAGUCACGAAUUAUUACCUAAAAUUAAAAAAAAGAAGCCUAGAAUAUGCAUAUGAGUCCAUCCUGUAAAUAGCAAGCUUGACUCAGGGUCGUAAUGUUGUAAUAGAUAUUACAGUGUGUGUUUAAAUAUUUUUUUGAAGACUAGUAAAAUUUGGUAAAAUUUUGCAAUUUGACAUAAAUAACUCAAUUCUUGCCGCAAAGUGGU